UGAUAAAAAAGAUGAAUCCAUUUGCUUCUUUCCUGCUUAUAUUAUCUUCUCUUGCUUUAGUUUCCAUGGCCAGGGCUCAAGACAGAGCUCCCCAUGGCAUUGCAUACGAGAGCCCUAUGUCCUUCACCCCUUCGGCAUAUGGCUUUUUCCAUCCCAAUACCGAAAACCCUUGCUCGGCUUCCAACUGCUCACCACCAUUGCCCGUUGCGGCUCAAGUCGACGGUUCUAAACCACUUGCAGGCAAGGUAUCGCCGACACCGGAUAAAUCGGGCCGUGGAAUGGGAGCAGGUGGAGUUGCUGCCAUUGUUUCCGGUUUUGCAUUUGUGGUGCUUUUGGGAAUUGGUGUUUACUAUGUGGUGAACACACGUCGAGCUAGUGCUGAUCGAGCAAACAUUGUUCAACCUGAUGCCUAGAUCAUUUGUCAUUCAAACUCAGUGUACAAUAUAGGCCAUGGCUUGCUAACGACGGAGUAGCAGUUUGAUUUAAAGCUUU